UUCCGGGCUUUCGGCUCCCUUGUCAUUUUAUUUUGUCGAGGAACGAGAGAACCUUGCUUUGGAGAGGACUUGCUUCGGCCUGGAGCAAUUUUCUGUAUCAAGAAUGGGUGUGAUUUGUGAUUUGUGAUUUUCGAUGUUGCUGGCAAAGUGGCGGCUUGCGGUGAGAGCGCUACGCUACGCGAGGAGCAGGCCGUGGCGCCGAUUGCCUUCGCUCCAUUUCCGCGCUCGUCUCGUCUCGCCUCGGCCGGAGGCAAAGCAAGGCAAAGCAGAAGCGGCAAAGCGGAGAGGGGCCCAUUGGCACAGCCAGGCUAACACCGGCCAGCCUCACGCCUGGGAAGAAUGGGAGGACGGCCCCGACACUUGUUGCGGCGCUCCGCAGUCCGCAGUCGGCCGGCAGCCUGCAGAUAUGCCGAUCGCAUUCCAGGAUUCCAGCGUGGCGAGGGUAUUCGGUCUGGCCGCUCUCCAGCCUCUCAUUCAGGCAGGGAGCUUGUCGAGGGGGCAACCACAUUGGAUGUUUGGGGACACAAGAUUUCCUCAGGCGAAAGAUUUCGUCGCAUUUCGCAAGAUUUUAUAACCGAUAUUCCGCCCAAAAUUAGCUUGGUUUUGGCCUUUUUUGGAGCAAGAUUUCAGAUUUUUUACAGAUUUCUAGCGCUUAGGGGACACAAGAUUUCUAGAGUGGUUGCCCCCUCGGAUCUUGUUUACACGUCUUGCCGGGUGCUCUCCAGAGGGCUCUCUAGACGCCUCUCUAAAACUGUCUCGAGAUGUCUCUCCACAGUUAUCUCCAGCGCCAGAGCAUUUCCUCUAAGCUGGCUGCCUAAGUAUCUCGAGAGGCGCUGCAGGCCCUGAUCCAUGGCGAAGGCGGAGGCCGACGCCGCCAUGGCGGAGAAGGGCGGCAAGGAGGCGCGGCUGCAGCUGGAGGAGCCCGCCUACACCUUCGCCGACAUGAACCUGCGCCAGAAGUGCAAGCACAUCGUGGCCAACAUCACGGUGGAGCCCAUCACGCUGCUCUACAUCGUGCCGGCCCUGCUGUCCAGCCUCACCACGCAGAACCUCAACCUCGAGAAGGCGUGCCGCGUCAGCCUCAACUACACGGACGAGGUGUGCGACGCCCUGGCCGCCAGGAACUUCACCGGCGAGUACGGCACGCUGUUCAGCAACGUGGCGCAGGUGGUGGCGGAGAUGCAGAUCUGGCAGACGCCCCUGCAGAGCGUGGUGCCCAUCAUCCUGGUCAUGUUCGUGGGGUCCUGGGCGGACCGCCGGCGGCGACGGCGACCCUUCAUCCUGUCGCCGCUGCUCGGGGACCUCAUCUCGAGCGUGGGCCUGCUGCUCUGCUCCAUCUUCUUCAGCUGGUCGCUGGAGGUGGCCGGCAUCAUCGAGUCCCUCGUCCCCGCGCUGUUCGGCGGCAUGCCCAUCCUGUUCCUGUCCGUCUUCUCGUACGUGGCGGACGUGACCACGCCCGAGAACAGGACAUUCCGCAUCGGCAUGGUGGCGACCGCCGUGUCCUGGGGCUUCCCCAUCGCCAGCGCGCUGUCCGGGGUGGCCUUCACCACGCUGGGCUUCACGGGCGUCUACAUCGUGAGCAUCGCGCUCUACGGCCUGGGCCUGGCCUACGGCUACCGCUACAUCCGCGAGCCGCACCCGCCGGUGCCGCGGCCGCCAGGCGUCAGCUUCCUGGCGGACUUCUGCAACUGGCGGCACGUGUGGGACACCGUGAAGGUGGCCCUGAAGAAGCGGCGCGGCAGCCGGCGCCUGCAGUUCUACAUCCUGGUGCUGCUGUACUUCACCAUCCAGGGGCCCAUUCAAGGCGAGGGGAUCGUCUCCUUCCUCUACUUGACGCAGCAGUUCCAGUGGGAGGCCAUCGCGUUCAGCGCCUACAGCACCUACUUCAUCAUCCUCAGCGCCGUCGGCAACUUCGUGGCGACCACCGUCUUCGCCAAGUGGCUCAACAUGAGCGACUGCCUGAUCGGGGUCAUCGCCAUGAGCUCCAAGACCGUCGUGGCGCCGCUCUUCGCGCUCGCCAACAAGAGCUGGCACGUCUAUGCGCUGACUGCUGAGAACAUCCUGGGCGCGGGCGCCAUCAUCACGAUGCGAGGCAUCGCCACCAAGCUCGUGGACGACGACGAGCUGGGCAAGGUGAUGGCGCUGCUGGCCGUGGUGGAGGCCGUGAUCCCGCUCGUGUUCCGGCCCGUCUACAGCAAGGCGUACAGCGCGUCCUCCGACACGCACCCCGGCGCCUUCUUCUACAUCAGCUGCGCCGUCAACCUGUGCGGCGUCCUCUUGUACUUCGUCAUCUGGAGGAUGCAGAAGCGGCAGGCCCGCGAGGAGGCCGAGGACGCCAAGAAGAACGACGACCUGGGCGGCGUCGCCAACACGGCCUUCCAGGGCGACGAGGGCCACCCCGCCAGCAGCAGCAACGGCAGCGCCAACCACGCCGUGGAGCGGCUGUGAGGAACCCCUGUGCAGCCAGCCGAAUGACGCACCCGGGCAAAAAAUGUAUUGCUUUGUGCUAAAGUCUGUGAUAUAAGGCGGCCCCACUCCUGUACUUACGGACGGCGUUCUUCUGCGCCGGACGGACGGACGGACGGACACCUAAGCGGAGUCUUUGAAUCUCAUCCGGAGCUCCAGUCAUGAAUAAUUUAUCCCCUAUCCAUCCUGCAGAGAGUCUCCUGGCUUUUUGAAGACAGUUUCGAUUAUUCUCCCUGUCGUAUUACCUAUUUUAAUGAUACUUGCUAGAAACACCGUUAUUAUGUAAGCACUUGUACCUGCCAAUAAAACUGCUUAUUUUACGUAUGUUUAUAAAGAAAA